AUGCGUACUACCCGGAACAAAACAAAAUGGCGGCCCGGUUGAGGAGUGCGUUUAGAAAUGUAAACCGGAUAAAUAACAUGUUUCUUCCUCAGUUUGAAAACCUGAAGCAGAGAAAACUUGGGAGGUCAGCUUACAAUGUGUUCGUCGAUUACAAGGCUGUGUUUAAGGAUUCUUAUCUGUAUGCAAAAGGGAAGCCACUACGUUCAGCGACAACAUUAGGUGUGCUUCUUGGACUGUACUACCUUUACCACGAAAAUUCUGACGCGAACUCGUACGAAGACGCUGUUUUGGAAUGCUCUAAUGAACUGCUACAGUUGAGCCAUCUGAUAAGGAAUCCCUCGUCGGACAAUUACGUGCAGAAACUAUUGAAAUAUCGUAAUCAGGAACGAAUAAGGAUUCAAAGUUUUGGAAUCUUGACACUUGUGUGGGUUUCCGAGUUUGGACCCAGUUGUGAUUUGUACGAGAAACACUGUGAAUACGUGCAGCCUAGGUGGCAGUCUUUCCCGCAGCGGGUGAUUGACGUUGGAAUUCUGGGACACUGGUACUUCCUGGAGAAGGCCAUGAUAGACUAUGACGUCAAUGAAGCUGAGCUGGCUGACUAUCCACCGGACACACAGUAAAUGGGAAACAAUUAACUAGUGCCUGACUUUGAUUUUCCAAGACAGAAGCUCCUUGAAUAAAAAUUGUAAUUGAAUUGAGGCAGUCUCAAAAUUGAAAUCACCCUACUCACUUGCAGGCUAUUGUUAUUAUUGCAGGCGGUACCUUUUAGGGUAUUGAGCUGAAAGAAGUUAGUGUCAG